CCACUUCAAUGGCGCUUCUUCUACUUCUUCAUCCUCUGUACUUCCAUUCCCUGUUUCAUUUUGUCCUUUUCCACGGUGUUCUCUUCUGAUCCUCCCCUGUAAAUAAAUACUCAAAACCCUUACUUGGCUUCAAUUUUCAAAGCUCUUCGCUUUUCUCCUCUGUUUCGGCCAUGGUGUUUCGCCGUUUCUUUUUCUUACUCUUUGUGGUUAUUCAUUUCUUCUUCUUUUUAUCAGUUUCCGUCAUUGAAGAGCAAGAGGAGAGAAACCCAGAACGGCAAAUGCUGAUUUCUUUCAAGGGUUCGCUGCAAAAUCCGCUGUUACUCUCGUCGUCAUGGAGCAGUACAGCUCAUCACUGCGACUGGGCAGGUGUCACGUGCCAACUGGGUCGAGUCACCGGGCUCUCCCUCCAGGGUCGGUUUUUGAAAGGGCCUCUAUCGCCGGAACUCUUCUUUCUCUCCAAACUCACCGUCCUCGACCUGUCGUCGAACCUUUUCUAUGGCGGAAUCCCUCCGCAGGUAUCUAAUCUGAUGAGCUUGAAACAGCUCUUUCUCGGCGAUAAUCAGUUGUCUGGGGCGUUGCCGAGGCAACUUGGUGGGUUGACGCAGCUGGAGACACUGACACUCGGGCCCAACUUUUUCAAUGGAAAAAUCCCACCCGAGCUCUGGAACCUCAAAAGUCUCCGUACACUAGACCUCUCCAGCAAUGCACUUUCCGGGACAGUGUCGAGUCAACUCGGCGACUUAACUCGUCUGCAGUUCUUGGACCUGGGUAACAACCUUCUCUCUGGUUCUCUCCCUUUAUCUCUGUUCGAAAACCUAUUGUUUUUGUCCUCAUUAGAUAUAUCAAACAAUUCCUUCUCCGGUAAAAUCCCACCAGAAAUUGGUAAUUUAAAAAGCCUCACUGAUCUUUACAUUGGUAUUAAUCAAUUCUCCGGAGAGUUGCCGCCGGAAAUCGGCAACCUUUCACUCCUUGAGAACUUCUUUUCCCCAUCCUGUUCAAUAACAGGGCCUUUACCUGAAGAACUGUCCAAUUUAAAAUCACUGAGCAAGCUUGACCUUUCUUAUAACCCAUUGAAGUGUUCGAUCCCAAAGUCCGUAGGAAAGUUGCAGAAUUUGAGCAUAUUGAACCUUGUUUACGCUGAGCUCAAUGGUUCAGUACCGCCAGAGCUUGGAUAUUGCAAAAAGUUGAAGACUUUGAUGCUGUCAUUCAAUUCUUUGUCUGGGUCCUUGCCUGAGGAACUUGCAGAGCUGCCCAUGUUGACAUUUUCUGCUGAGAAGAACCAGCUUUCCGGGCCAUUGUCUUCUUGGAUUGGAAAAUGGAACCAGCACAUUAGUUUGAGCAACAACCUGUUAACCGGUCAUAUACCAAGAGAAUUGUGCAAUGCUGAGUCUCUCUUGGAGGUCGACCUUGAUGGUAAUUUCCUUACAGGGACGAUAGAGGAUGUGUUUGUGAAGUGUACAAAUCUUACCCAGUUAGUGCUCGUUAAUAAUCAGAUCAAUGGUUUGAUACCGGGAUAUCUUUCAGAGCUUCCAUUGAUGGUUAUUGACCUUGACUCGAACAAUUUCACCAGUGGCAUUCCAGUCAGUUUAUGGAGUUCUGCUAACUUGAUGGAGCUUUCUGCUGCAAACAAUCAGUUACAGGGCUCUCUGCCUACAGAGAUUGGUAAUGCAGUUUCAUUGGAGAGGCUUGUUCUUAGUAACAAUAAGCUGAAUGGCAUCAUUCCCAAGGAGCUUGGCAAUCUCACUGCCCUUUCCGUGCUUAACUUGAAUUCGAACCUGUUAGAAGGGAAUAUCCCAGUUGAGCUUGGAGACUGCAUUGCUCUAACCACAUUGGAUCUUGGACACAACAAUCUCAGUGGGUCGUUUCCGGUGGAGCUCUCUGACCUGGAGCAAUUGCAAUGCCUGGUUCUUUCUCACAAUAAUCUCUCCGGGUUGAUCCCUUUGAAGCCAUCCUCAUACUUUCGUCAGGCUAAUAUGCCUGAUCUCAGCUUCAUUCAGCAUCAUGGGAUCUUUGAUCUGUCCAACAACAGAUUGUCUGGCUCAAUACCUGAAGAAUUGGGAAACUGUGUAGUGGUGGUAGAUCUUCUUCUCAGCAAUAAUAUGCUUACUGGCAAUAUUCCAGGAUCACUUUCUCACUUACCUAAUCUUACAAUCUUGGAUUUGUCUGGAAACUUGCUUACAGGUUCUGUUCCUGUGGAAUUUGGUGACUCUCUCAAGCUUCAAGGCUUGUAUUUGGGUAAUAACCAGCUCACAGGCACCAUCCCUGGAAGCUUAGGCCAUGUGGGUAGUUUGGUGAAGCUGAAUUUAACUGGUAACAAGCUAAGUGGUGCAGUUCCUGCUAGUUUUGGGAAUUUAAAAGAGCUCACUCACUUGGACGUAAGCCACAAUGAGCUUGAUGGAGAGCUUCCGCCAUCACUGUCUCACAUGCUUAAUCUUGUGGGACUUUAUGUUCAGCAGAACAGACUCUCUGGUGGGGUGGAUAAUCUUUUCUCUAGUUCCAUGGCUUGGAAGAUUGAAGCCAUGAACUUGAGUAAUAACCUCUUUGAUGGAAACUUACCUAAAUCUUUGGGCAACCUGUCAUACUUGACAUUCUUGGAUCUUCAUGCAAAUAAGUUUGCUGGAGAAAUUCCUGCAGAUAUUGGCAAUUUGAUGCAGCUUGAGUACUUGGAUAUAUCAAGGAACAGGCUAUCUGGACAGAUUCCUGUGAAAAUGUGCACCUUGAUCAACCUGUUUUACUUGAAUCUGGCUGAGAAUAGGUUGGAGGGCCCUGUCCCGAGAAAUGAGAUCUGUCAAAAUCUUUCAAGAACUUCACUUUCUGGUAACAAAGAUCUGUGUGGGAAAAUUAUGGGUUUAGACUGCCACAAAUCCUCGUUAAAUGCUAGGGGUCUUGCUGGAGUUGUAGUUGGAUGCAUGUUUAUCAUUUUCAGUAUAGCCUUUGCUUCACGGAGAUGGGUGAGAAGAGGCUGCAGGCAAGGUGAUCCUGAGGAGGUAGAGGAAAGCAAACUAAACAGCUUCAUAGAUCAAAAUCUCUACUUCCUAAGUAGCAGUAGGUCAAAGGAGCCUUUGAGCAUCAACAUAGCUAUGUUUGAACAACCACUCCUGAAAUUGACUUUGGUUGAUAUUCUUGAGGCCACAAACAACUUCUGCAAGACAAACAUAAUUGGAGAUGGAGGCUUUGGGACUGUUUACAAAGCCACUUUGCCUAAUGGAAAGACUGUUGCAGUGAAGAAGCUGAGCCAGGCUAAAACACAGGGUCACCGGGAAUUCGUAGCUGAAAUGGAAACCUUGGGUAAGGUGAAGCACCAGAAUCUUGUGCCUUUGCUUGGGUACUGCUCUUAUGGUGAGGAGAAGCUCCUUGUUUAUGAAUACAUGAUAAACGGGAGUUUGGAUCUUUGGCUGAGAAACAGAACUGGGGCUCUUGAAGUUCUUGACUGGUCCAAACGCUUCAAAAUUGCAUUGGGUGCAGCACGUGGACUAGCUUUCCUUCAUCAUGGCUUCAUCCCUCACAUCAUCCAUAGGGAUAUCAAAGCCAGCAACAUUUUGCUCAAUGAAGAAUUUGAACCAAAAGUUGCAGACUUUGGAUUGGCCAGAUUGAUCAGCGCAUGUGAAACUCAUGUGAGUACUGAUAUUGCUGGAACAUUUGGUUACAUUCCACCAGAGUAUGGGCAAAGUGGCAGGUCUACAAUAAAAGGAGAUGUUUAUAGCUUUGGCGUGAUUCUGCUUGAACUGAUGACUGGGAAAGAGCCAACUGGUCCUGAUUUCAAAGAGAUUGAAGGAGGGAAUUUGGUCGGUUGGGUGUCUCAGAAUGUGAAGAAGGGUCGGGCUGCUGAUGUUCUUGAUCCAACAAUCCUGAAUGCAGAUUCAAAGCAGAUGAUGCUUCAAAUGCUGAGCAUUGCUGUUGUUUGCCUGUCUGAUAAUCCUGCUAACAGACCUACCAUGCUCAAUGUGUUGAAGCUCCUAAAGGGUAUCAAAGAUGAGUGACUGAAGUCUGCAAGCAAGCAAGGGUACUAGUACUACUAUACUAAUUAAGCUUCCCUGUUGUAAUAAUAAAGGUGUUAGAAUCUUUCAGGAUGUUCAUACUUGGCCAACGUUUCUAGAAGAGCUCCGUAGGAUUAUCAACCUAUCUCCUUUCUUAUUCCAUCUUCCUCCAGACAUGUCUAACCUCAUUUUGUAAUUACUCCCCAAUGCAGUGGCCUCAUUUUAAUAACCCAGUUUCUUUAGUUUUGAUUGGCUACCAGGGCAAUUUACUACAAGAUUGCAAAAAAAUGCCAUGAAAUCUUUACUGCACAAGAUUAAUAAUUCUCAAAUUCCUUC